AUGAUGGAGAAGGAUCUGGCGUGUUUGACACGCAAGUCGGAAGAAACUCACCGAAACCUUAGCAACCUCGCUGACAAGAUUAGUGUUUGGGGCAAUUCGCUCUCUUACGCGUCGGCUGACAACAGUGCUGGUUCUGCGUCGCCAGUGACUCUAGCAGACACCUUGAUCGGCGACAACAGUGAAUUCUACGGCAACUGCUCGUGCUGGGACUCUGGCUGCGGCGAAUUCGACAUCUUUGAAGUCUUGGAUUCGGGCGGCCAGAAAUGCAAGUCCACCUGGCACAAUGCCCAUGCCAAAGGCGACUCCAACUGGAUCCAGCGACCGAUCACGGGCACCCAGAAAGCCGCGGUCAUCUUCGACGGGGAUGCGAGCAUAGCUCACAUUGUGCUCCUGCCAGCGGACACCGACUUCUCCACCAACCUCGCGAGGACCACGGUCUCGGGCUUCAUCAACUCGAUUCAGGAUCCGAAUCUCAACAUCCAAGUGGCGCUUGAUUCGCGAUGA